AUGGCCAGUUCUAUGGAUUUACUCAACUUUAGUAAUGAGGCUGCGCGAAAGCAGGUGAGAGAAGACAACAGAUGCACCGGAGAAUCAGAAACUGUGAACCGAAACUUAUAUGAAGUCGAACAGAAGGUGAUAGCUGGUAAAAGUAAGACAUCCCUUAUUAGAAAGAGCACAGGAGGAUGGAAAUUUGCAAGCCUCUUACUAGUGAAUCAAGGGCUAGCAACUCUAGCUUUCUUUGGUGUUGGUGUGAACUUGGUUUUGUUUUUAACCAGAGUUCUUGAUCAAGAGAAUGCCGUUGCCGCCAACAGUGUCAGCAAGUGGACUGGAACUGUUUAUUUGUGCUCCUUAAUUGGUGCAUUUCUCAGUGAUUCGUACUGGGGUCGUUACUUAACCUGCGCUAUCUUUCAGCUCAUCUUCGUAGUGGGCUUGGUGCUGUCAUCUCUUUCAUCUUGGCUCUUCUUGUUCCACCCUUCUGGUUGUGGUGAUGGAGAAAUAGUGUGCAUGCCUGCAUCCCCAGUAGGUGUUGCUAUCUUUUAUUUGUCCAUAUAUUUGGUUGCAUUUGGAUAUGGCGGGUACCAGCCAACUAUAGCAACCUUUGGAGCUGACCAAUUUGAUGAGGCAAAUCCUAAAGAGGGAGCUUCAAAAGCAGUUUUCUUUUGCUAUUUCUACUUCGCACUCAAUGUUGGGUCUCUUUUCUCAAACACCAUAUUGGUCUAUUAUGAGGAUACUGGCAAAUGGACUCUGGGGUUUGUGGUGUCAUUGGGGUCUGCUAUCAUAGCCCUUUUGUCCUUUUUGUUAGGGACACCAGGGUAUAGGUACAUAAAACCAUGUGGCAACCCUCUGCCACGUGUCGCUCAGGUAUUCGUCGCUGCAGCUAGGAAAUGGGAUAUUGUUCCAGUAAACUCGGAUGACCUGUAUGAGGUGGAAGGACCAGACUCUGCAAUCAAAGGGAGUAGAAAGAUUUACCACAGCAAUGAGAUUGAGUUUUUGGACAAGGCAGCAACAAUCACUGAGGAUGAUCUGUGUGGCCCUAAGAAUCCAUGGAGGCUCUGCACCGUAACUCAAGUCGAGGAAGCCAAAUGCGUCCUGAAAAUGCUACCCAUUUGGCUUUGUACUAUAAUUUACUCUGUGGUCUUCACACAAAUGGCUUCCCUUUUUGUAGAGCAAGGGGAUGUGAUGAAAUCCAACUUUGGAAAUUUUCACCUCCCAGCUGCUAGCAUGUCUGCUUUUGAUAUAUGCAGUGUCCUCAUCUGCACUGGAAUUUAUCGCCAAGUGCUUGUGCCUUUAGCUGGAAAGCUGAGUGGGAACACCAAAGGGAUAUCGGAGCUUAAGCGCAUGGGGAUAGGGCUCGUUAUUGGCAUGCUGGCAAUGGUCGCAGCUGGUGCCACAGAGAUUGCAAGGCUCAAGCAUGUGCUGCCUGGUGAGAAAAUAAGUUCUCUGAACAUAUUUUGGCAAAUUCCACAGUAUGUUCUUGUUGGUGCUUCUGAGGUUUUUAUGUACGUUGGUCAACUUGAAUUCUUCAAUGGACAAGCCCCCGAUGGGAUAAAAAGCUUCGGAAGUUCACUCUGCAUGGCUUCAAUGUCGCUUGGGAAUUACGCGAGCAGCUUUCUGGUUAACAUGGUAAUGGGAAUUACAGCUAGAGGUAAAGACCCUGGUUGGAUCCCAGAUGAUCUGAACACAGGUCACUUGGACAGAUUCUACUUCCUAAUUGCAGCAUUAACAGCUUUCGACUUUGUGAUUUACGUGUUUUGUGCUAAGUGGUACAAGUCCAUUAACCUUGAGGGCUCUGAGAAGGAAAUUCAGAUCAUUGAAAUUCAACAAGAUGUGGUGCUCAGAAGAGUUUAGGCAUCUUGAUUAGUACUUGGCAUGAGUUUAAGAAAUAAUCUUUGUGUGCUGCAGAAGAGGAGAGAGCAUGACCUCUUAUAUAUUGCAGAAGAGAAAUGAUUGCUUUCCUAAAUAGUGUAACAUGCUUUUGCCAAGUUAAGAAGAUUUAAGUAAUAAAUAAGUUUGUUUAGGCUGGCAGCUUUGGCUUGCAUUGUAAGUUUCAAACAUUUUGGUAGAGCUAAUGGAAUCAGUGGAUAUUUUGGUAAAUUGUCAUGUACUGCUUUUGAAUUCUUGGAAAGUGAUUGCAGCUUUGGAUUCCUUCCAGGGAGG